AUGCCAGCCAACAACCAAUUUGAAAGCGCUUCUGAGGAGAAGCGACCGCUUUCAAAGAGCAAGAAGAAAAAUCUUGCAAAACUAUUGAAGAAGAAACAAGAGAGAAUUACUGCGAAGAUUGAGAAUAAGAGAGAGAAGAGAAAGAAGAAGAAGCAAAGGCUGGAGUCCGUGAAAAUAGAGAAGAGGGAGAGAGGAGAGUUGGUGGAGGGGUUAGGAACGUUGGUAAUGGCGGAGAAGGAAGUGAAAAUGAGUGGAGCUAUGUUUGAGGGAUAUCGGGAGCAAGGGGCGGUUGAUGAUGAGGAUGAGGACGAUGAGGAUGAUUAG